UGCUCACCGCUAACAUCCCUCGUUCUCUGGCGUCUCGCCUCCUUCCCUCCAGGCGCUGAACCCGAGAUGAGUUCGUCCGCCGCCACAUACCUGGUCCUUGUGACCGUAGCGUUGUCCGUGACCUAUUUGAGUUUCCUGAUGUACUCCGCGUACGGCCUCGGAGCUGUGAAAGCGGCAGCUCCUUUCGUCGGAACCGUUGCACUGGUUUUCGCUGUCGCGCAUUGCCUCGACCGAGCGCACGAAGCGGAAGACACAGCGAAGGCGGCACCGAAAUCUACACAAGGGGGGGGUACGACAGCGAAACCAACGGCAACUACCCCGGCGAUACCUAAGCGCCGCCGAAUAGCAGAUUGACUUUUGUGCGCUUGGGGUUGGGAUUAGCCCGUGCGGCAUUCGCUCUUGGCGGGGUUGUGAAAAUAGUAGGUUUUCGUGGUACUUUUGUUCACACGUCAUAAUGCAUGCGUGUAAUUUGCUGGUCGUUUGAGUUCAGAUCACAGAAUCCAUGUGAUGACGGUGUAAAGGAUACGGUUAGCAUUUUUUUAUCGUUGCAAACGAUUGCAGUUCUUGUACUCUGACUAGUCUCUCGUCCGGCCAGCAAGCACCCACACAACAGCGUCGCACGCGAUCUUGGACGAAAUUUCUUCGAUUCUGGGCGGGUUGACUUCGGAAAGGAGCGCCCUGUUGGGCAUGGAUAUGGGGCUAGGCAAGGGGGAUGGGGGGCGGGGCGAAGGACGACAACCUGGAGGGUUAGGCGACUUUCUUGUCAUUUCUGUAGGCUGCUCGCGGUAGAUGAUGGCAACAGCCAACAUGAUGUUGAAGUCCUUCUAGUCCCGAAACAGUCGCUCCAGCCUUUGUAGUCGUGUGUGGUCCAAGAAGAGAUGGUAUAGAAAAUAGUGUAGAACUGGUGUUGUCACGAGUCAUCCUGAAGAGCAUUUGUGAGUGUGAUCUUCAGUUUUUAAGACGUAAUAGUACGAAGUAGUUUCUUAUUGUCAUAUGAAGUAUAAUCUAGAGUACGCCUAUAUAUACGCGGCUAGUAUACCU